UAUGGUCACAAAGUACUAAUACUAACGCUGCAGUUGUUUACCAAAAGUGUAUCAAUAAAAAACUAUAUUAAUAUAAAUAUAAGAAAAUUAAAUUAAAUAUAAGACAAUGGUUAUAAAAGCAAAUACUGAUUUACAAAGUGAAAUUGAAUAUAAUGAAUUUGAAGUUCCUAAACCCAUCAAGAGGCUACAUAAAAAUCAACACGCAACAAACGCUAAUCAUGGAAAUUCAUGCCAAAAACCUACGUGCACAAAUAACAAUGAACCCAGUGUAUCAAGUAACAGUCAGCCUUUACAGAGAUUCAAUAAUUCCAUUCUGACAAUGGAGCUACAUCACCAUCCCGAAGAAACUGCUUCACAUCAUUCUUCUGUUCCUUAUGAAGAACAAAACAACUUCAUUGCUCAACCGUGUACUCCAUCUAACCAAUCUCGUAAUUUGCCAAAAAAGCGAAAGCUGCGCGGUCGCCGUGACCGUCAAUGUUCAAAGAAAACAUGCGCAAAUUGCGAAAUAAGCGAAAACAGGUUGCGGUAUACCGAAAAAAAAGUCGAAACUAUCAGAAUGACAAAUGAGUUACUAAGGAAAAAUAUUUUCCUAUUGAAUAGGAGGUCUGAACAGUUGUGCAAUAUACUCGUCGCAACCGGAUUAACGGAGCAGUAAAUUCGAAAACAUGGACUGGACCAUCUUCAUGAAAAGAAAAAUAGCAAUUAUUCUACAUUAUCUAUAAUAAUUGUAUUACUCACUAUAUAUGUUUUUAAACAAGGUUUUUGUUGAAUCUUUAUAAAUAAAAUUAUAUAAGUAUCAAUCGAUAUCAUCAUUGGCAUCAAAUUAAUGCUCGUGUUAUAUACUAAUGUGUAAUUCGAGAACCUUGGAUUGACAGAGACAAAAAUGUUUAUUUAAAAUGGAAGUGAUUACACUUGCUUAUUGAUAGUCAAAAAUCUACGACCGAGCCGGAAAUAUACAGAUACGGUCCUUCAUCGUUUUCAAAGACGACUUGUAUAUAUUUGGUGAAUAUUUGUUCGGGUGGAAGUUAUUGCAGAUAGCUGCAAAUUUUCGUGUUAUCUCCCUCAAUCCGUUUGAAUACGAGCUGUAUUCAAAUUAAUGUUUUUCCAACAUUAAAUACGACGGUAUUUAUGUGUAUAUCAUUUUAUUUUAACAAUAGGUUAAUAAAGGUUUGAGACCUUUACCAUAUUUUUAUGUUCUUGUAAACACUUCUUCUUUAAUAAAUUGAUAAUUUGUA